AUGACAUCAAACACCUCAUCUGAUAAUAGUCUUGAUGGAAAUGGCGAAUACGAAUCCAUAUCAAAUAUAUCAGAUACCAAUAGUGAUGAUGAAGCUGCAUCUAAUUCCGAGGAAUUAAGCGAUGAUAGCUGGGAUAGUGAUAAUGAGGAAGAAGAGGAUGAACCGAAAUUGAACAAUUUGAACAUUUCCUCAGCUACAUUGACAUCACCAAUCGAUUAUUUUCGUUUGUUUUUAUCACCCAGUAUUGUAACAUAUAUCGUCGAUCAAUCAAAUCUUUAUCGAACACAAAUGAAACUAAAACAAGAACCAAUGGCAGAACGUGAGUUUUUUCAAUUACUUGGAUUUCUUUUUUACGCAUUCGUCGUACGUUUAUCAUCAAAAUCAGAUUAUUGGUCACAACUAUGUCAAUAA